CAGCUAGUAAAGGCGCUCAGACAGUUCGUGUCCUAUCUUUUGUCCUCCUUGACAGACAUCCACUCUCGAGUGCAGCAUCUUGACUGGUCUCUCCCCUUUUCUCGCUGGAUAUUUUUCUCUGAAAACUUCGGGGGUCACUUUUCCUUUGCGUGUUAGCUGCUUGGUGCAGAGAGCAGAGAGGAGUCUGCGCUGCAGCCUCAGACGCCCACUGCACAGAUGUGUUCUGUUUGACCUCCUCCUCCGUCACGUCUGAUGCCUGAGGAGAAGGGGAAGAUGGAGACAGACACAAUGGACAUAUAUCCUGUCAUAUGAGUGAUAUGCAGAAAGGACCAAGUAAAUCUAAGUCGCUUCUGUCCCAAAACAAUUUUUUAGCCCUGUUGUAAAUAGGUGAGAGUACAGUAGCACAUGCCCCGAUCAUUAUAAUAGAAAAGUGGGGAUGUAUUUUUGCAGAAAAGCUGCAAAGUCCAAGGUGAUACUUAGCAAAGCAGCCAAGAAGAGGAAAGAAAAUCCCUUCAUUUCUUCAUUAAAUGCUGCAGAGUAGCCUGCAAACCCAAAUCUAAGUGGUAAACAUCUCCAAGCAUUGUAUCAGUCCUGACUGCUGCCUCAAAAGCAGUAUGAACCGUAACAGCCCCUUUCCAAUGCAUUCCUGUUCAAUACUUAACCGAAGUUAGUGUCUUCAGAUGAUGGUGAGGAAGAUGGUGACGAUGAGGAGGAUUCUCCAUAUGAAGGGAGAUGUGAUGUGCACAAUGCUGCUCCUGGUUCUUUUCUGUCUGCUGCUCUACGCUCGCCAGGUCAUUCUCUCAUCUGGGUGGGACCGGCCUGUGUGGAAGCUGGAGAUCCACGGCUCAACCAGCUCCAGUCGGACCCUGCUGGGUGCCAGUGGGUCCAAAGUGGGCCAGGAGUCUCAAGGGUUCCCACCCAACCCUUCAGAGCCACAGCUGCCUGCCUGUGAGCCCCAGUCCAAAUCAAAACCUCCUCAGGCCAAGGCCAAACCUCAGGUCAAAUCUAAGGGGAAAUCCAAGUCGCGACGGAAGAAUGUUGUGCCUACCAAGACUGCUGGCAAUCCCCUGCCCGCGAUGCCACCAUUUGACUUUGAGGGCUAUCUGAGAGAAAAGGACAACAGAGACUUUAAUCUGCUCAUAGACCAACCAGAGAAAUGUCACAUUGGAGGAUCAUUGGAAGAAGGAGGAGGAAGAGGAGAAAAAGGGUCUAUUACUGCUCCCUAUAUGCUCAUCGCGGUGAAAUCUAUUGCUGCAGAUUUUGAUAAACGUCAGGUGGUACGUCGGACAUGGGGUAAGGAGGGAUAUUUCCAAAACGGUGUUUCCAUUCGUACUGUUUUCCUCCUGGGGGUUCCCAGGAAUUGGACUGCUCUGCCUCUGUGGGAUCGGCUGUUGUCCUACGAGAGUCAGACCUUUCGGGAUAUCCUGCUUUGGGACUUUGAAGACACUUUCUUCAACCUGACGCUGAAGGAAACACAUUUUUUGAAAUGGGUUAACAGCAGCUGUCCUCAUGUCAAGUUCAUCUUCAAGGGUGAUGCUGAUGUGUAUGUGAAUGUGGAGAACAUAAUAGAGAUGUUACAAGGUAAAAAGUCAGAUGAGGAUCUGUUUGUUGGUGACAUUAUUAUCCAUGCUAAACCCAUUCGCCGUCGCAGUUCCAAGUACUACGUGCCAGAGUUUGUGUAUGGAGGCGGUUUGUACCCAAAUUAUGCUGGGGGAGGAGGGUUUGUCAUGUCGGGACAUACAGCUCGGAGACUUAGCUCUGCAUGUCAGCAGGUGGAGUUGUUCCCCAUUGAUGAUGUUUUUCUGGGAAUGUGUCUCCAGCUGAUCGGGGUCAAACCGUCACGCCACCAGGGCUUUCGGACCUUCGGAAUUCCUCGCCCAUCUGCAGCGCCCCACCUUCAGACGUUUGACCCCUGUUUCUACAAAGAACUCAUGGUUGUUCACAGCCUCAGUGUCCCACAGAUCUGGCUUAUGUGGAACCUCCUGCACGAUCCCAAACUGAGUUGCCACAACAGGACCAGCCUGACAUCCUGGCCCUUUAAGUGGAGGGAGAGGAUGGGGGAGGCGGCGGGGGAACAGGCGGACUAUGGUGAGAAGCGGGUGUUUAUCAUGCAUUAGUGACUUUCUGCAUGGCUGAAUGGGAUCUGCAUGAGCCCAAGUACAAAAUGGCUAUAGCGCAGCAUCUGUGGCCAACUUGAAAGGACUGUGAUGUGAUCAAAAGCACAGUUGAGUCAUAUGAGAAUUUAUCCAAGCUGGUAAAUCAACUUGUCUGAAAUUAAUUGGCAAAUAUGCUUUAGAUUUUUCAGUAAAGAAUCCCAAAGAGAAUUCAGGCUUUUGCCAUCAAAGAUUUUGAUUUUGCCAUGAAGAUUGGGUGAUGAGUUGAAUCUCUCUGAACUUUUGGAUGUGUAAUCUUAAGAGUGUGUUGUGUUAUAAACAGAGGCACCUAAAGAUUGACAAAGACAACCCAACUAAAUUUGGUUAGCUGGUUUAACCCUAUCCAAGUGUAAAUGCAUCUGUUUGUCAACGACCACAAUGAUGUUAAUAGUCUGACUUUCAUUGGACUGUGUGGACAGCCAAGACUGGAAAUGGCUAUAAGCACUGGGAAAGUGGGAAGAGAGCACAGACUUUUUUUGUGUUCUGAUGUGAAUCACUUGAAGAAAUAUUCCUCUCUUCCAUGUUACGUUGGAUAGAAGCACAAAUGGUAGGUUGCAUUGUCUGUUCCCUGGAGGAACAGCAAAUGAAGUCUAAAUGGAAACCAGCUGCACAGUGGGAACCAGCUGGGACCAUAGCGCAAACACACACACACACACACACACACACACACACA